AAUUUCAAACCCUGCACUGAAAGUAAACAAAAAAAAAUCAUAAAUCAGAAAUGUUUAAUUUAAAAGAACAAAGAAAAAGACAGAUUGAUACUUUGAAAGUAUUUAACGAUAAUGUGUUUGAAAUUAUAAAUGAUGAAAAAUAUGAAAUUAAGUUUAAAUCAGGACAGAAUCAUGUUACCAUGAUUAUUGAACUUGGUCCUGAUUUUCCAUAUCAAAAGCCAAAGCUUUCAUUGGAGCCGAGUCUUUCUCACAUUUGGCUGCAAAACGGAGAAAUCACUCAAUUUCCUGGACUCAUAAAUUUUACAGUAAAUUCUGACUUAGGUCGGGUUUGUCAAGCAAUAAUUAGAGAGUUUGAGAAGAAUCCUCCAGAAUUUAAUGAGACUGCACCUACAAUUCCUAUAAUUAAUUCAAGCAUUCCAGAACUUAACAAUCUUGAUACUUCACAGCUACUUGAAUUACUGAAAGAUGAUCAGUAUUUGGAUGAUUUUGUUGAAGAGUUGCCUCCAAUUAAAGCAUUAAAUGAUGAACUAAAUUCACUUAUUGAAGACACAGAAAAGCUGGCGCAAGAAAAUCUGGAGAAAAAUUCGUCGCUACAACAAUUAAAAUCAAAUUUUAUGUCUAUAUCAAUUGAUUUCCUAAACCUUGGCAACAAAUAUAAUCUUGGAAGCAAAAAAUAUGACGAAAAAGCAUGUGAAUACUCUCCCGAAAACAUCAGACAACUUUUAGAAAUCGCUGUUUCAAAUGCUGAAUCUGAGUAUGAAGAAAUUGUGGAAAGUUUUCUUGAAGGAAAUCAAAGUUUGAACGAAUUUUUAGAAAAUUUCAUGAGAGUCAAAAAGCUCAUCGCAUUAAGGAAAUUCAAAGAGGAAAGACUUAAUUUUCAACUUAAUCAAUUAAAACUUUAAAUAUGUUGAAUAUUUGAAAAGUUAUUAAACAUAAAAAUUUAAAAAGAAAACAUUU